CUUUUUGGCUGUAUAAAAUAUGAUCCUGGACAAGAGAAGGGCGACAUGGGGAAUCAGAUUGUCUAUGCGAGAUCCACGGAUCGGUCAUCAUGAACGAAUAGUCCUCCUCAUCAGACAAGGCAACCUCAACUGAGGCCGAGGGGAUGACGGGAGAUGUGGAAGCGGGGUUGAGCACUGCAGUUGCUACGCUAGGUCCAUCCUCCUUCUCCGUCUUGAUCUUCUUUUUACUGGGGCCUGCAGAUGGGCUUGGUGAUGCUAAACGAAGGCCCCAUUCCUCGUCCGUCUCCCACUCUGACUCAGCAUCGUCAAAGAGGGGAAUCUUGCGCUUGAAAGUGGAGGAAUUGUCCUUCGACGUAUCAUUCAGUGUAGAGUUCUCACCUUCAUCAGAGCUUAUCUCCACAAUCUCCCGCUCUUUGCCUUUCUCUUUGAAAUCCUUGGGUUCUAAAGUGUUUGCAAGCAUCGCUGUUGGGAGCGCCAGCAUCACCAGCGUCACUCUUCUCACUCGUGGAUUCUUCACCAUCGGAAACCUCCUGGAGCUUAUCAUAGUCGCUCUCUGUAGCUUUGGCACUGUUGGGAUAAGUUUUGCGUGUACCUGAACAUGCGGUAUGUAUGAUUGCUCAGGUGAUGUCUUGCUUCCUUUGUUUUGAAGAGCCCGUGCACCGGUGACCGUUUCGGCAGGAACGACUUCCAAGGUCCUGUUUUUCUUUG